GGCGAAGACAAGGUCCCAUGGGAUACGGGGUUGCAAAUCGGAGAGGGAAGGUUCACAACACUUGGUACAUGCCGUGACAAUCGUCGCCUGACUCGUGCACGCGUUGCGCCCCGCGACACCACUAGCGGCGUCAUUGAUUGUUCGAUAUGAUUUCCUCACAAACGUUCGCCGCGAACGCUUCGAGGCAUUUUAGCGUCGUCGUAUGGCGCGCAACAGGAUGUGAUAACAAUGUUUGGGUAGGGAAGCUAGCGAGCCCGUUCGAGAAUGCCUACCGCAGCGCCAGCGGCUGCGAAGCCGUCGAAGUCGAUAUUUGACCCGUUCAACUCUUCGGCCACUGGCCACCAACGAGCAGACAACCGUCUUAGCGGCAGCACUUCAUGGAGUGAUUCGCGCUCGCUGAAGUUGAAUGAACAAUUCACCGCAGGCGCAGGAGGUGGAAAGCGCAUGAGUGACACUGUCGGUGCGGGCAGUUUGGACUUUGGUGUGGACGGGAGAACAGAGAAUGGUGGUUGGACACGUGGAGCAAAGGGCUUGCGCACAAAAGGGCAAGCUAGUCUCUGGGAGAGUAUGCCGGGUGCUCAAAUCGAGAAGUGCGUAGAGAGGCCAGCAAAGCGAGCCAAAGUCGAGCCAGGCGAAGAGAAACCGACAAAGGUAGUCAACCCAUGGACCCCUUUCAGACGUGAGGAUGGCAAGAUCCGAGAGACUAGCUGGACGUCGCACGACUCCUCGCCUUCACAUCUACUUUCGCCUGUUGACCCGAGCUGCUCGGCACCAGAACCGUCAGCGAGCAUAAGUCCCGAGCCACCAGCACGCGACGCUGCCGUUUCCGACAUUACCGUAGACGUCAAGAAGUCAUCGCGAAUCUUUGAAAACCUCACAUUCUAUAUAAAUGGCUCCACCGCACCAGCAAUAUCCGACCACAAGCUCAAGCACAUGAUUAGUUCGCAUGGUGGCCGGCUAUCCAUCGCACUGGGCAGGAGGUCCGUAACUCAUGUUAUUAUUGCUCGCCCUAGCAGUAAUGGUGGCUGUGGCGGCGGAUUAGCAGGCAGCAAGAUCCAGAAGGAGAUUACAUCCAAACGCGGCGCUGUGGUCAAGUACGUCACUGUCGAGUGGGUGAUGGAGAGCGUGAAGGCUGGCAAGAGAUUGCCGGAGUCACGCUUCGAGGGACUGAGGUUGGCCCCGAAAGGUGUCGAUAGCGUAUGCAGAAUGUUUGCGACAGUCAAACAGUCUCCGAAGGCUCAUGACGAGAAAGACGACAAAGGGUAGCCUGUGCAUUUUUCGAUGUUCCAUACGUCACAACAUGCAGCCGCAGAGCCCCAAUGAGAGAGAAACCUGUGAGCGCUAGACUAGACCGAGGUCCCAGAGUC